GAAAUUUUAUCUGAUUGGGGCAUUUGACUCCCUAUCAAAUUGUGAAUAAGAGAUAUUACAAGGGGUUUCUUUUCCUGCUCCAUUUAUCCUACAAAGGAGGGUAUAUUGAUCAUGAUUAAAUUAAUCCAUGUUGCCUUUUCUUCUCUUUGCUGGUAGCUUUACAAUGAGAUGCCCUUAGUGAGAAGCCUUCCCCUGCCCCAUCAGCAAUUAUACACAAUUGCUAAUAAAAUAGAAGCUUUCCUUCAAGAAGAGAUAGACAAGCACAAGGCGUCUUUGACUCCAGGAGAACCUCGAGAUUUCACCGAUGCAUAUUUAGAAGAAAUGCAGAAGCCGGAGAGGAAAGGUUCAAGUUUUGAGGAAGAGCAACUACUAAUCUUGCUGUCUAACCUAUUUGUGGCUGGAACAGAGACGAUGGCGGCAACACUGCAGUGGGCAUUGCUGUAUUUGAUGGCCUUUCCAGAGAUCCAAGAGAAAUGCUGGAAGGAAAUAGACACAGUUAUAGGAAACAAGGCAAUCUUGAAGUUUGAAGACAGAAAAAAAUUGCCCUACACAAACGCCGUCAUUCAUGAAAUCCAACGUGUUUCAAAUGUUACUCCUCUUGGACUACCUCAUGCACCCAUACAAGAUGUGCAGCUUUUUGGAUACAAAAUUCCCAAGGACACUAUGGUUUUGGUCAAUAUCCAGUCUGCCCAUCAUGAUGAAUCCCAGUGGAAGUUCCCCAAUGAGUUCAACCCCUCCAACUUCCUGAAUGAAGAGGGAGAGUUUGUGAAGCCGGAAGCCUUUUUGGCAUUUUCAGCAGGGCCGAGAGUCUGCUUAGGGGAAAACCUGGCUCGGAUGGAGCUCUUCUUCUUCUUCACCAGCAUUCUCAGGAACUUCCAGUUAUUGUGGCCAGAUAAAUCCCAAGCUCCAGAUUUCACACCACACUUUGGGGUUACGCAAUCUCCAUCUCGCUUUAAGGUGUUGCUGAAAUAUCGCCAGCCAAGUGGGUAGAUCAAAGGGAGAAUCUGCAAGGCAACUGAUUCAAGAAGACCAUCCCAUUCUCUCCAACAGCCGGAGGGCGCCUCUACUUUGAAUUCACCACAAGAUCAUUUAAAAUAAAAUAAAAUAAAAUAAAAUAAAGGGGCUAUCUUAUGCCACAUUUUCCAGUGGAUGAUCAGUCUUGUUUAUGAAGGAGGUGAAAUUAAUUUCCCUUGUCUCUUUUCUCUAUCUUCAAGGUUACUGGAAGGAAGAAUGGAGAAGAACAGAGUCCAUGGCUUCUUUAUCAAAUCAAUUAUCUUCCUGGCAGGAGGAUCUGGUUCCUGUACAGGGUAGGGGAGAUAUGCAGGGGAGGUGGGUCAAAGGGAUUUUUCUCUUCUGGGGGAUGACCUGCCUUGAUCUUUGCUCGUCAGCCAGACAUGCAUGGCCAGGCCAAGAAACAGACACCACUAGGAUUUCAGAAAUGUCACUUUAUUUGAAGGAUAUAUUGAAAGUCUCUUCAUCUCUUAAAGGACUCUUCAUCCUCUUUCAUGGCCUCUUUAGAGGCACCAUUUUAUGUGGAGGAUGUAUUUACAGACUCUUGAAAGUCUCUUCAUCCUCUUUCAUGGCCUCUUUAGAGGGACAACAAAGUGUUGUUCCCACAAUUUCUACUUUCUCAGAUUUUCGUAAAUGUUCACAUCUUUCAUCUCCUUCUCAAGGCCAGAGCCAAAUUCUUCUACUUUACACCAGAGAAGGUGUUAUCCAAGAAUCUCCAGAUCUUCUUGUACAGAUCUGGGGAAUAGAGACAGCCCUUUCCCUCCAUGCAGGAUCUCUA